UUUUCUCGUUUAAUCGCGCGAGUUUGUUCUUUGUUUAUUCAGCUUGCGGUAAACCGCCGCGCAUCGCGAGCACAUGUGCAUGUUUGUGGACUGAAGAAGGAAGAAGCGAGACACAUUGGCGAAGAUAUAUGUCUCUUGCGUUCGUAAGUACUGUCGAAUAUCCUGCGCCAAAUUCUUUUCUGGCGGCUGGUAUUUUAUACCAAACGAGCACGCAUUUAACCAGUAGAAUGAGUCAAGGAAACUUGACUUAAGCCAACGAAGCAAGGGCAUUUCACGCACGACCCUGUAAGCGUCGGUGACUGGUGAUAUGUCACUGACAAUCAGUGUGACAGGCCAGCGUGAAGGUUAAUUAAGGAGAAAACGCGGGGUGUCUCUGAGGUGAAUGGUUCGCUGUUACGCUCUUCAGAGCUCGCCGAAGAAUCGCGAAGCAGCAUAGAGGCGUCGGUGACGACUGACGGCGCCCGCCGCGGGAGUCUCUGUUUAAGCUAAGGCACUGCUACCGAGGAAAAACAAAACAAGAAACGAAAUAUUUAGGGGCUGGAGAGGGGCUCGUUUUGAGGGCGGCGUUCUCUACAGAAAGAGGAGUGCGUGCGUGACUGUUUGUAUCAUUCAUGUCGUCACAAUGGCGUCGACCGACUUGCAGCGCCCUCUCUCUACGCAUCACUUUUCCCAUCCGCUCUCCAUGGGACAGGCCUGACUAUAUAACCAUCGUCUGCUCCAGCGCAGCGCCAAAAACGACUUGCGGCGUCGAGCGAUCGCGAGCUUCGCCGGCGCAAGCAAGCAAGCACAAAAGUCUGAGAUCGUCGCGUGACGGCGAACAUGGAGCGGUCCUCGCUAGCCGAGAAAAACGAGGAGUGGAUUAAGAUGGACGACCGCAAGGACAACCCGAGCAAGAAGCAGUCGCGGUUCCAGGUGGCCAAGGUGGACUUCGCCGUCGAAAAGCACUCGGACGACGAGAGCAGUUAUGAGGAGGACGGUCAUGAUCAAGACGCCGACGGCCAGCCGGACGGCCAGUCGUGGAACGCCUGCUCGUACGACACGCACAAUGUGCGCAGCCUGCGCCACUACACGCGCGAAGCCCUGCCGCGGCUCGACCACUACAGGAACAUCAUGUCAGUGCACGGACACAUGGAGCGACCCACGCUCGACGAGCUGCACAACGCUACGCUGUCGCUGCUGCCGGACCAGAAGCAGUCACUGGAGAAGUCCGCUCGCAACACUGCCGACGAGGUGGUCAUCAAGGGCAAGGGAGCCGUCAAGCUGGGAUGGAUCCAGGGAGUGUUUGUGCGAUGUCUGCUCAACAUCUGGGGCGUCAUCCUGUUCCUGCGGCUUUCCUGGGUGGUGGGGCAAGCUGGAAUUGGCCUGGGCUCCGCCAUCGUCAUCCUCGCUUCUGUCGUGACAAUGCUUACGACGCUCUCCAUGUCGGCCAUCUGCACCAACGGGGAAGUCCGUGGAGGAGGGACGUACUACAUGAUAUCUCGAAGUUUGGGGCCCGAGUUCGGUGGCUCUAUCGGCCUCAUCUUCUCGCUAGCCAACGCGGUAGCCAUAGCCCUCUACGUGGUCGGCUUCUCCGAGACCGUCCGAGACUUGUGCAAGCAACAAGGCACAUUCAUCGUGGACGGCGGCCUCAACGACGUUCGGAUAGUGAGCGGCGUCACCGUCAUCUGCCUGCUGGGAAUAGCCAUCAUCGGCACCGAGUGGGAGUCCAAGGCCCAGAUGGUGCUUCUGGUCAUCCUCCUGGUAGCCAUGGUGGACUUCCUCGUCGGAGCCGCGAUUCCCCCAAGCUUGGUUGAGCAGUCCAAGGGCUACUUCGGAUGGUCCACGGCCAUAGCGCUGGAGAACGUCGGUCCAAACUUCCAGGAAGGCGAGAACUUCUUCACCGUGUUCUCCGUCUACUUCCCGGCUGCCACGGGCAUCCUCGCCGGCGCCAAUAUCUCCGGAGACCUGGCUGACCCCCAGACGUCCAUUCCCAAGGGCACGUACCUGGCCAUCAUCGUGACGACCAUCUCGUACGUGUUCUUCGCCAUCGUGUGCGGCUGCGUGACGGUGCGCGAGGCCAACGGACUGGCGCUGGUGAACGACACCACCUUGGCGGACGUGCGAAACUGCACCCUGACCGGAGGAUGCGAGUACGGCCUGCUCAACGACAGCCAGGUGAUGGAGCUGAUAUCCGCCUUUGGUCCCUUGGUGUAUGCUGGCAUAUUCGCUGCCACCCUCUCCUCGGCCUUGGCCAGCUUGGUCAGCGCCCCCAAAGUCUUCCAGGCGCUGUGCAAGGACCGCAUCUUCCCGCACAUCGAGGUGUUCGCCAAGGGCUACGGCAAGAGCAACGAGCCUCGGCGUGGAUACCUGCUGGCCUGCGCCAUCGCGCUGGGAUGCGUCGCCAUCGGGGAGCUGAACGCCAUCGCGCCCAUCAUCUCCAACUUCUUCAUGGCUGCCUACGCGCUCAUCAACUUCUCCUGCUUCCACGCUUCGUACGCCAAGUCUCCGGGUUUCCGUCCGGCCUUCAAGUACUACAACAUGUGGCUCAGCCUGAUCGGCGCCAUGCUUUGCGUGUUCGUGAUGUUCAUCAUGAACUGGCAGACGGCGCUCAUCACCUUUGCCGUCGUCCUCGGCCUCUACAUCUACAUCAGCUACAGGAAGCCCGACGUAAACUGGGGAUCCUCGACGCAAGCACAGAUAUACAAGGACGCUCUAAACGCCGUCUACCGCCUGCAGACAGUUCAGGAGCACGUCAAGAACUACAGGCCCCAGAUCCUGGUGCUGACCGGCGACCCCAGCCACCGUCCGCCUCUGGUGGACUUCGCCUACAGCAUCACCAAGAAGCUCUCGCUGCUUAUCUGCGGCAACGUCACGCCCCACCGCCUCACGUUCCGGUCGCGCACUGCUCUCACCAACCGCGCCAACGCAUGGCUCGAGCGCCGCAAGGUCAAGGCCUUCUACACACUGGUGCGCGACGAGGACUUCACGCACGGCGUGCGAUCCCUGCUGCAGUCCUCAGGACUGGGCAAGCUCCGUCCCAACGUCGUGCUGAUCGGCUACAAGUCCAACUGGCAAACGUGCGACCGCCAGGAGGUGCUCAAGUACUUCACCGUCAUCCACGACGUGCUGGACCUGUACAUGUCCGUGUGCAUCUUGCGGCUUCCCGAGGGCCACGACUACUCCGAGUACGCCGACCAGGACGCGACGGUCGCCGCCAACGGCAAGAAGCCCGACAUGCUGACCGUUCCCGGAAUUGAACGCGAGAACUCGUCGGGGGCCUUCCCGCGAAACAUCUCCAGCGCACAGCUCUCCAUGGGUGGCAGCUCCCGGGGGCCCUCGCCGCCGGCGACUCCGCUCAUGGGCCGCGCGGUGGGCAUGCCGGGCGACGCCUUGGAGAAGGCGCCGCUGGCCGAGCCCGAGCCGGCCUCGGUGGUGGUCAACGUGAUGCCCCAGCACCACCAGGGCGCCGAGGACACGAACAAGACGUCCGACGAGCCCAAGGAGCUGCCGCUGGCCGUCAACCAGUUUCUGCGCAAGCAGAGGAAAGGAACCAUCGACGUCUGGUGGCUGUACGACGACGGAGGUCUCACGAUGCUCAUUCCGUACCUGCUGACCACACGCAACAACUGGAGCGCAUGCAAGCUGCGCGUCUUCUGUCUGGCCAACAAGAAGGAGGAACUGGACCGAGAGCAGCGAAAUAUGGCGUCGCUGCUGAGCAAGUUCCGGAUCGAGUACUCGGACGUCACGGUCAUCCCGGACAUCGUGCGGCCCCCGGCUGAAUCCAGGUGUCAAAAGUGUGAGUCACCUCUUUUUUUCGUGAUCGCAGACGUAAACUGGGGAUCCUCGACGCAAGCGCAGAUAUACAAGGACGCUCUAAACGCCGUCUACCGCCUGCAGACAGUUCAGGAACAUGUCAAGAACUACAGGCCCCAGAUCCUGGUGCUGACCGGCGACCCCAGCCACCGUCCGCCUCUGGUGGACUUCGCCUACAGCAUCACCAAGAAGCUCUCGCUGCUUAUCUGCGGCAACGUCACGCCCCACCGCCUCACGUUCCGGUCGCGCACUGCUCUCACCAACCGCGCCAACGCAUGGCUCGAGCGCCGCAAGGUCAAGGCCUUCUACACACUGGUGCGCGACGAGGACUUCACGCACGGCGUGCGAUCCCUGCUGCAGUCUUCAGGACUUGGCAAGCUCCGUCCCAACGUCGUGCUGAUCGGCUACAAGUCCAACUGGCAAACAUGCGACCGCCAGGAGGUGCUCAAGUACUUCACCGUCAUCCACGACGUGCUGGACCUGUACAUGUCCGUGUGCAUCUUGCGGCUUCCCGAGGGCCACGACUACUCCGAGUACGCCGACCAGGACGCGACGGUCGCCGCCAACGGCAAGAAGCCCGACAUGCUGACCGUUCCCGGAAUUGAGCGCGAGAACUCGUCGGGGGCCUUCCCGCGAAACAUCUCCAGCGCACAGCUCUCCAUGGGUGGCAGCUCCCGGGGGCCCUCGCCGCCGGCGACUCCGCUCAUGGGCCGCGCGGUGGGCAUGCCGGGCGACGCCUUGGAGAAGGCGCCGCUGGCCGAGCCCGAGCCGGCCUCGGUGGUGGUCAACGUGAUGCCCCAGCACCACCAGGGCGCCGAGGACACGAACAAGACGUCCGACGAGCCCAAGGAGCUGCCGCUGGCCGUCAACCAGUUUCUGCGCAAGCAGAGGAAAGGAACCAUCGACGUCUGGUGGCUGUACGACGACGGAGGUCUCACGAUGCUCAUUCCGUACCUGCUGACCACACGCAACAACUGGAGCGCAUGCAAGCUGCGCGUCUUCUGUCUGGCCAACAAGAAGGAGGAACUGGACCGAGAGCAGCGAAAUAUGGCGUCGCUGCUGAGCAAGUUCCGGAUCGAGUACUCGGACGUCACGGUCAUCCCGGACAUCGUGCGGCCCCCGGCUGAAUCCAGCAAGCGCGAGUUCGAGGACCUGGUCCGCAAGUGGCGCCGGACGGAGGACGACGACACCGAGGUGGAGCACGAUCCACUCGAGAUCUCGGACUCCGAGAUGCUCGCGCUCAGGGACAAGACGUACCGACAUCUGCGUCUUCGCGAGCUGCUGCAAACAUUCCAAGAAUGCCACUUUGGUCGCUAUGACCCUCCCGAUGCCGCGCAAGAGCACCUGCUCGGCCUCCAUGUACAUGGCGUGGCUGGAGACGCUGACCAGGGACUUGCCGCCGUUCCUGCUCAUCCGAGGCAACCAGACCAGCGUGCUCACCUUCUACUCUUAGUGACGUGCCUUCCUCUGGUGCGAGCGCCCAGAACGUCCGCGCAGCGAAACGCGCACCCACAGGCUGCAUCGUCGAAGCAACCUGGCAACGACGACGACGACGACGACGACUAGUGCGUCUUCGAAUGACGACGCGUCUUGAUUCCCUGGUGGCGGCAUUGUGCGCGCCGUCUCGCUGUUUGGACACGGGCGCGAACCGGUGCAACUGGGCUUCCGGCCCCUGCCCUUAUUUCUGUGUGCAUUUGCGUGCAUCUGUGCGUGUUUGUGUGUGUGUAUGUGUGUCGCGUUUAUUGUUUCUUACGGCCACCGUGGCACCGAAGUAGCCGCCGCCGCCGCCGCGAGCACUUUCUUUCGAGGGUCCACUACACUAUAGAACACUCCGGCUGGACGACAGCCGUGCCAAGGUGAACAGACUCUUGUCGUCGUUACAUGAUGGUGAUGGCGGUGCGUCUCGAAGAGACUGCAGUGUAUUGUUGCCCGCCUAGUACUUUAGUAUUAAGUCUAGUUGUUUACUCUUUUCUUUUCAUUGUCCUUUUUAUUUUCUUCUUCUUCUUGACGCUCUUCUGCUCCGUAACUCUUCUUUUAUGUGCUGGCGACUAUAGCGUCAUAUAGUGACGUGUUGCAGCUCGUCGGACAUAUCGAAAAACGUGGUGGUCUUCCCGAGGCGCAGUCCGAUAGCGCGACCGUCGCGCCACCUGUGUACAAAGGUUUCGGCGGCCCUUGCCCCCUCUGGCGACGCCUUAUAUAUAACUUGGGUGGGAAAACCCCCUCUACCUCUGAUGUAAUCCUGUCGCAAUAUAUGUCUUCUGUUCUGACCGAUUCGUCAAUAAGUACCCGCGUUCGCAAGCCCCUGAAAAUGAUUCCCAAUUGUGCGUUCGAGCAACGGGGGAAAAAAAAGUGCUUAGUACUGUAGGAGCAGUGCAACACAGUUGAAAAAUAACCUCUUCUAACUUCUUGUAAACCGGUGUAGUGUGUGUCCGGUGAUUCGCAUUGUGCCAUCGUGGGACCAUUUGGACCGUCUCGGCCCUUUGUUUGACGCUUGUAUAAUAAUCUGCGAUCAUGACCAUGCACAUUUCGUCGUCGUGUGCAAACGUGCGUGUGAGAUGUGAGUGUGCAGUCAUAUGUCAUCUCGCCUUCUGCCUUACGAAUGCAUAAGCACAGAAUACUUGCGAAAAAAAUAAUGGUUCAGGCUGCGGAGCUAAGCAGCAAGCCCAUUUUCAUUCAGACGUGCCCGGUCAUGCAACCUUUAGAAGUCGCUGCACCGGUCCUCCGAAUGGCAGUUUUUCUUUCCAGUUGCCUCUUUCUUACAUAUUAGCUUUUGUGGUGCGUUUGCGCACCCGACUUGGGUUUUGUACCUUUAAAACGACGCAUGUAUACAGCUCGGCCUACAUUAUGUCACUAAGAAUCCCGCGAUGUGUGUCUAAUGCGACUGUUGCUGUUAGCCACUGUCCCCACAGUAAGUAUCGGAUGGAUGGGACGUAAGCUCAUAGAAAGAAGGAAAAGUAGGUUUAGCAGUAAAUCGUUGCGUGUACCCAAUGUUAACCCACAAAUCCGCCCAUUGAAUGGACUUCCAUGUGACCCACCUAUAUAUAUAAAAAAGUUCUGGGGAAUCGUUGUUAUGCGUUGGAUCGCCUUUAGCCCCGUUUUCUUUCUUUUCUUUCUUUUUUUGUCGCAGGUCAAUACUUUUGAUUAAGCUCGUAGUACCGGGUGGCUUUAAUAAAGCAUAGCUGUAUACUGCUUUUGUGCGGCGUCGCAUACAUAUAUUUAAGACGACGACGCCAAUAUUUUUUUUUUUGUUCCAUUCAUUGCAUUUAUAAGUGUAGAGUUUGCCCGCGGAUCGCAUUUUAAGCCUGCGGCCAAACUAGCUGAGGCGAUGAAUUUUUACAAUUGUUAGUCCCUUGUAUUGUUCGUCAACUCCGUUGUGAAUCUCUCUGUCAUUUUGUUCUUUCUCUGCAAGUAUCGUCAAUGUUAGUUUUUAAACCGCUGUCUCCGGUUACAACGACCCCGUGUACGAAGUUUUACUCUUAGACGACCGUGGUAUUUCAUCGUUCAACUGCUGCGGUAUUGUUAAAGAAAAAAGAAAAGAAAGGCUCACAGGAUAUUUUUGCUUUUUAAGAACUUUUCUCACUGAGCAAUAGAGAACGACCAGCCGAAGAGCGAAAUAUUGCUUUAACGUCGCGUACUCGCUGUACAGUCUGACGGGCCUGUUUGUUUCCCGGAAUACUAUAGUGAUGGGGCGAAGCCUUACAUCGCCUGUGCAUCGAGCAGCAUACAUUAGCCAUUUAGGCGUCGCGGCAGUGCCUUUCACGCCACGGCCAUCGCGAAUUCAUCGUCGUUUUAUUCGCUCGAUGGCCAGCUUUAGUUAACGCUUCACCGUGAGCCACGCAAGCGGACGGUAGUAUGGCUAUUUGUGAAGUAGUAGCGCGCUGUUAUAGUUUUUUUUCUUUUUCAAGUUAGGCGUGAAGCGACGUUCCAAACGUCGACUUCUCCCGUUCGCGAGCACGUCUUCCAGCUUCACUUCACGAGUACUUAUCUGGGUAACUUUUCCUUCUGUACUGUUUGCAAUGCGCGUCUGUAACUUACAAUGUAUAGACCUACUGUUAAUGGCUCAACUAUUCUUUUUCGCGAUCUAUCUUUUUCUUUUUUAUCGGGGAGCGUAAACAAAGUUUCCUCGCAUUUUCGCUUUCAGUUACUAAGCGCGGGGCCCUGAAAUACAUUUCGUCAGAGCUUCAGUUUAUUUGCUUCUCAGCAGCGACACUCCCCCCCUAUUAAAAAAAUAUUGAUUGCAAGCGCUUUCUGUUACGUAGGGAUGCGGCAGUGUCGUCUAAGUAGCGUGACGCAUGGAAGCGUGAAACUGUGACGUCACGCUAUUCGGCUGGUUACUCGUCCAUUCAAAGGCGAGCGCCAGCUACGCGUGAAUCAGUGGAAACGUCGGCCCACUAGCGUCGAGUCCGUCUGCUAUAUGGAACGCGUUAGUUGGUUUACAAGAUUUCGCGAAGCACGUGUGACAUCUCCUGUGCUCGGUCAGACGCGGUCAACUUUCGCUUCACUUUAGAAGAGUUCAUUGUUGGGCUAGUUGGUUUCCCUUAAUUGAAGUAGUAACUUAGUGCGAUAAGAACGCAGAAACAAGAAAGGUGGACGAAGACAAGUGUGCUUGUCUUCGUCAACCUUUCUCGUUUCUGUGUUUCUAUCGCGCUAAGCUACUACUUCGCUUCACUUUGAUUCGCUAAUCUCGCAGGAACAAAUAUUUUAUUUUGUCAUGCAUGGAAACGGACCCGCGGUAGAUGGCGUUCCUUGUGGUCUAAGCAAGAAAAAAAAAAGCAUUCGGACGCAGCUGAACGACACCUCCUAUAUGUCGGAAGAGUUGCGCGUUCUGAUCGCAGUGUCGUCUAGGAAGGCCAUAUUGGCUAAGAGAUGUCCGAGCUUGCAAAGAUUUGAAACACGAAGUACACAAGUGUUUAUUACUUUUUGCAGGGCCCUUUUAAAUUCUGUUGUCAUUUAUAAUAGCGAUAGAGCGUAGUUCCCGGGAGACUUCUGUCGAUUGCAGAGGCUAUCAAUACAAUGCCUUCACAACAGCCUUUUCUUCCCCUCCUCGUUAACUCUCUGUGUUAUUGGUCAGGAGUCGCAUCAUUCGAAGACGCCGGUCACGUCUUCGCUAGAAAUGCUACUAUUUUUGUACGGCAAUGUAAAUAGGAAAAGUUUGGACUACCACUGUAGGCAGUAUUUUAGUUGUACAUAGUGUGUUGUAGUGUCCUCUUCCAUGCAUUUCUUUUCUUUUUACGCUGGUGUAAAGGUGGCAAAUAGCGCAAUUUUUUUUUUUUUUUUGCGCCGUCUUUGGCGCUGACCUGUAUCCAUUCUUCUUUUUUUCGUUUUUUCUUUACGAGUAUGCCUAGAAAUUUGCAGUGUCAAAACAAAGUGCCUUUGGAUAGAGGGAGUGUCUGAACGCGCCUUUCACUGUUCACACUUGUUUUUUAGGAAACUGAAUUUGCCUGACCCGCGCGGUCGUCCUCUGCGUCUCCUCCCAUUGACUGUUCCAACUUGUUUCUUGGACUUCAAUAAAUGAGAGUGUGCGGGUCAACUUAC